UCUCAAAAUAAAUUUUCGUCAUAUACGUCCGGAAAAUGUAUUUAAGCUUACAUUACAUAUGCAGAUGGAAACAGAGUUUUGUGAUUAUAUAAAGAAAAAACAAUAAAAUAUUCAUUAUCUGGAUUUCUGUAGUACCUUGCAAUAUUAAGAAACUUAGCGAAUGGAAUCGAAAAUGAAUUGCGAUUCUAGUUCUCCCUUUUCCGGGUCUGAUUUUGACUCAGAUAGUGAAGACUUUGAAUUCAGAUUUUUAUCAUCAUCAUCUUCUGCGUCAUUUUUAACGUCUUCACCAUCUUCUUAUUUUACAGAUGAUGAUUUUGAUGUUGCUUGGUCAGAGUCUAGUUUCUCAUUUGAAUCAGAUGAUACCGAUCACCUAGAAAAUGUAAAUCCUAUUGCAACAGUUCAGAAUGAGAAUGAGUCAAAAUUAUCUCUUAAUGAACAGCCUAAAGUCAAAAACACAACUACUUCUGAUACUAAACAGAAGGAAGAAGAGAAAAAAACAAAUAUCUCUAUAAAAAUAACUAUUGAUAAAGAAGAUUCCACAAAAUCAUGUCGCUACGUUCAUGAUGACAAUUCCGACCGCACUGAAAAUAAAUUAAAAAAUAGCAACUCUCUACAGGUUGUUCAUGAGAAAAAUUUAAGCAAUGAAACUCCAAAAACAUCUAGGUGUACUAAUAAUACAAAUGACCCUUUCUGCGAUUUUUGCGGUGAAGUGUUUAAUUCACAGGCAGCAUUAGAUGUUCAUAAAUUAAAUCAUUUAGUAUCUGAAUCAUAUACAUGUGAAUUAUGUGAUCAUGUUAGUAAGAAUAGGGAAGAUUACGUUUUGCAUUCUAGGACACAUGAUCAGAAUCGGGUUGUGUUAACUGGUACACUGAAUAAAAAGAAAUCCCAUCUUAAUGUUCCAUUUCAUUGUGAAACUUGCAACAAAGCAUUUCGAUUUUCUAGCAGCUAUAAAAGGCAUUUAGCGAGGCAUACUAAAUCUCAUACUUGUAAUAUAUGCAAUGCAUCAUUUCCCACCCUUCUGUUAUGUCAUCAGCAUAAGCUAAAACAUGCCAAAAAGCGUAUUCAUGCAUGUAAUGUUUGUGGCAAAGUAUUUCAGAGGGCUCAUCAGCUAACUAUACAUAUGCAAGUCCAUGAAACUGAGAAAAAGUAUGAAUGUGUAGAGUGUGGCACUACAUACUGUUAUAAAACUAGUCUCAUGAGACAUUCAUUGAAAUACCAUUCACCAAAUUCUCCAAAGUUUCAAUGUGAUGUGUGUGGAGAAUUGUUUAAAAGUAAAAAAAUGCUUAAUGGUCAUACGAUUUUACAUACAGCCACGAAGCUUAUAGAGUGUCCCGAAUGCACACAGACAUUUAAAUACCGUUCUAGUUAUCAUCGCCAUCGCCUUAUUCAUCAGAGCACAAAGCCAUUUCGCUGUAAUCAUUGUGGUAAACUGUUUAAAAGUGAAAGUCUUUUGAAAUCUCACAAAGCUAUGCAUUUUUCAAAGGAUGAAUUUGUCUGCAAAGUGUGUGAAAAAACUUUUGCUGUUGAAUCUUUCUUGAUUAAGCACAUGUUGAUUCAUAAAAGUAAUAUAGAGCUAUAAAAAGUAUUCACAUCAGAGUGAAUUAAAACACUUUACAUGAACUGAAUAGUGUAAAAUUUUAAUCUGUCAUUUUCAUUUUACACUGAAUUUUUUUAAUUUAAUAAUUCUGAGUAACUUAAUCUGAUUUAGUUCUAGGUUGUACUCCAAAUUUCAGUCACAGAAAGCAGUUGAAUAUACUUUCUAAGAAUGAUUCAUUUUAUGGAAUUGUUAUCUGCAAAGAAUACUUUUUUAACUUUAUGGAACUGAAGAUAUCAAUGAAAAAAGCCUCAUUGAAUUACUGUUUCAUUGCAUUUAACUGCUUUGAGAAUAUUAUAUUUAGCAGAGGUGACCUUUCAGAAUUACAAGUAAGGCAUGAAUGUUGGCUCUUCAGUGUUUCUGCAUGAGGGUGGCACUUAUGCAUCCAGAAGUUUUUUUGGAAGGUUGUUGCUGGGUCAAGAAUGUUUCUAGAUUCUAAAUUUCAAUACCUUCAGGUAUUAUCUAUAAAAAUUUGGAUUUAGCUGGGCAGAAUCAUUCUGUUAUAACUGAUGAAUGUUACUGUCAGCUGCAGUUAUAUUUUGCAUUUUUUCUCCUGACUUGGUUUGUUACUCAUUUGUGUUUUUUCAUGAUGUGUUAUUGUUAGGAUAAAAGGCUAUGUGAAUUAGUUAAGCAAUACAAGAACUAUCAGGCUUUGGGUAGCGAUGCCCAUGUGGAUUUUUUAAGAGGAACUGACCUGUAUUCACAUUGCACAAGAGGAAAACCAAGAAAACUUCAUGCACCAUGUUUGCCAGAAUUCGAAUCUAGGUCGAACUACCAGUGAACAACUUUUAACACCUGGCUGCUGGUGGGUUUGACAAGGAUUCUAACAUAAGGUGAACAUUUCUUAAGUAAUUUUUAUCAAAUCCAAAGGGGGUUUUCCCCUUUCUAUCCCCCUCUCCGAUCUCAAAAUAGGCACAGUACAAAACUCUUAAAAAAUUGUUAGAAAGGAUGCAUUUACAGUUGUAUAAUUUGUAAAAUUAAAAUUUAUUGAAACAAUUUUAAAA